UUUAGUCUUACAUUUGGCUCCAUAUUCAUAUUUCUUUGGACACUGCAUUCCGCUUAUGGAGACGCCAGCUAUUCUGUCCCAGAGGAGAUGAAACAAGGGUCUGUUAUUGGAAAUAUAGCAAAGGAUCUUAACCUGGAGGUCAGCAGAUUGUCCUUUCGAAAGGGGCGUAUUGACACUGAAGGGAAUAACAAACGAUAUUGUGACAUAAACCUGUCUAAGGGAGAUUUGAUUGUUACCGAGAGGAUCGACAGAGAGUCGCUUUGUGGAAAAAAGGUUUCCUGCAUUUUAAAACUGGAGCUUGUACUGGAGAACCCUUUGGAACUGCAUCGUAUUACCCUUCAUAUUCAGGAUAUCAAUGAUAACGCCCCGGUCUUUAAAAAUGACAUAAUUAAAAUGGAAAUUCGAGAAUCUACAGAAAGAGGGGCCCGAUUUUCUUUAGAUGAAGCUCAUGAUGCGGAUAUUGGAGACAAUGGUGUCAAAGGCUAUACCCUUCAAAGAAAUGAUCAUUUUGUUUUGAGCGUUGACACAAAAUCAGGCGGCCGAAAAUACUGUGAACUGGUGUUGGAAAAAAAAUUAGACCGUGAAAAUGAUCAGGAAAUGAACUUACUUCUCACAGCUGUAGACGGUGGUUCUCCUCAGAGAUCAGGUACUGUAGUCAUCCACGUCACUGUACUCGAUGCUAAUGAUAAUGCUCCAGUGUUUAGCCAGGGCAUUUAUAAAGCGACUCUGCCUGAAAACUCUCCUGUAGAUACUGUAGUAGUUACAGUGAGUGCCACUGAUGCUGAUGAAGGAGUUAAUAGUGAGGUGAUCUAUGACCUUGAUCACGUCUCCGAUGAAAACAGCAAUAUGUUUUCCCUUGAUCCAAAAACGGGUGAGGUUAAAGUUAAUGGCGUUUUAGAUUAUGAGGAAGAGUCGUCAUAUGAACUUCGAAUCAGUGCAAAAGACGGCCUUGGAUUGGCAUCGUACUCCACCCUUAUGAUUGAAAUUACAGAUGUGAAUGACAACGUACCUGUAAUCUAUUUAAAAUCGCUGACUAAUCCCAUACCAGAGAACGUGUCACCUGGUACAGAGGUGGGCAUCAUUAACGUGCAGGAUAGAGACUCUGAGAAUAACCAACAGGUCCGCUGCUCCAUUCAACAAAACGUCCCUUUCAAGUUGGUUCCCUCAAUCAAAAACUACUAUUCUCUGGUGACCACGAGCAAGGUAGACCGCGAACUGGCGUCUAAUUACAACAUUACAAUCACUGCUACAGACGAGGGCUCUCCUCCUCUGUCCUCCUCUAAAAUUGUUCAGUUAUCUGUAGCUGAUGUCAAUGACAACCCACCUGUGUUUGAGGAACAGUCAUACAGCGCCUAUGUGACUGAAAAUAACAAACCUGGCUCCACUUUAUGUUCUGUUACUGCUCGAGACCCAGACUGGAGACAAAACGGCACUGUGAUUUAUUCUCUUUUACCUGGUGAGAUGAACGGGGCCCCGGUGUCCUCCUAUCUCUCAGUUAACGGAGACACAGGUGUGAUCCACGCUGUGAGGCCGUUUGAUUAUGAACAGUUCAGAAGCUUUAAAGUCCAGGUGAUGGCCAGAGACAACGGCUCUCCUCCGCUCAGCAGCAACGUGACCGUCAGUGUCUUCAUAACGGAUGUGAAUGACAACUGUCCUCAGAUACUGUACCCCGCCCCGGAGGGCAGCUCGUUCAUGACCGAGCUGGUGCCCAAAGCUGCACACGGAGGCUCUCUGGUGUCCAAGGUGAUAGCAGUGGACGCGGACUCCGGCCAGAACGCCUGGCUGUCCUAUCACAUAGUCAAAUCCACUGAUCCGGGACUUUUCUCUAUUGGUAUCCACAGCGGAGAGAUCAGGACACAGCGGGACAUUUCUGAAUCUGACAGCAUGAAGCAAAACCUCGUUGUGGCGGUGAAAGAUAACGGGCAGCCCUCUCUCUCUGCCACCUGUUCCAUGUAUUUACUUAUUUCUGACAACUUGGCUGAGGUGCCAGAACUGAAGGAUAUGUCUUAUGAUGAAAGCAAUUCAAAGCUGACCUCAUAUCUGAUCGUCGCGCUUGUGUCCGUGUCUACCUUCUUUCUGACCUUCAUUAUUAUUAUCCUGGGUUUGAGGUUUUGUCGCAGGAGAAAGCCCAGACUGUUGUUUGACGGAGCGGUCACCAUCCCCAGCGCUUACCUUCCUCCGAAUUACGCAGAGGUUGACGGCACAGGAACUUUACGCAGCACUUACAAUUAUGACACCUACUUGACAACGGGGUCUAGAACCAGUGACUUCAAGUUCGUGAGAUAUGACAACUCGCUGCCUGCUGAUCAGACUUUGAAGAAAAGUCCAACAGACUUUGCUGAUGCUUUUGGAGUGUCGGAGGGAUCUCCAGAGGUAGGAGUCUCACUUUUCUUCAAAACUUCAUCCUUCUUGUUUUGUUAA